CAUUUUACAUGCACCAGGGUGAACCGGAGGUCAGCGAAAAGCAUCCAUUUGGUCAAGCCGAGCAGUUUUUUUCCAAUGCAGUGGACGUGAGAGGAUAUCAAAAUGGAGCAAAGAAUGAUGCUGCGAGUUAUCAUUGACGAUGAUGAUAUAAGGAAACUAAUCUUGAAUAAGAAACCGGAUUCCAUUCAGGAACUAAAAACCCAGCUGAGUGAUAAGCUGUCACUGCAGUAUGACUUCAAACUCCAAUAUGAAGACCCAGACUUCAGUAAUGCACUCUGCAAUUUGACUCAAGUAGAGGAUUUGCCUGAAAGACCUACUCUGAAAAUCAUCCCUCUUGUAACUCUUGAGUUGACAUCCCUGUCUUCAUCCACUGAAGAUACAGACUGCAGCACAGCAGACACUGAGAUCUUGUCCUCCACUGGUUCAACACCUCCACUAAGAAGACAGUGGCCGGAGUUCUUUGACAUACCCAAUUUCUCCGUGGAUGUAGCUUACCGACUGAGACAGGCAGAUCUCUUAUUUAUGAAAGAUCGUGUCCCAUGGACUCCAUCACGAGAUAUGAAACAUGACAUACUUGAGAAACUUGCUGAAACAAUGUACAGUUUCAAAGCUUACCCUGACGAUGAUGACUUCAGCAGGGUUGCAAAAGCACUGAUUAGCAAGCACCCCAGCCUCACUGAACCUGGUCCCCAGCCUGGAUGGUAUGGCUGGAAGAACAGCCUUAAAUUCAAGAUGGCCAACUAUCGUACAAAACUACGAAAAGCAGGAUGUGAUGAUGUACUGAUCAAUGGGGGUAAGCGAAGCAAACGCAACCCAGAAGGACCAUCAUCUAGCAAGAAUAUCAAGCGGCCAAAAAGAGGUGAAGUCAACUAUUUGCCAAAUUUUCCUGACAGACAUGAUGAAAGCAGCCUUGAAAAUGCCAGGAAGGUUAUCAUAGAGGAAAUGAAGAAAAAACAACCCAAUGCCAGUCUAGUUUCAAGAAUGAUGGAAGAAACAUUCUCACUGCGCAGAAGGGAGAUAGUGACACAGGAACCUGCUGUGCAGAGCGUGAUAGAACGAUGGCCAGCACUGUUUACGGAGAGACAGGUCUUUGCUGAGUUUAAUCGCAUAGCCAGCAAGAAUCUUGAGGGCAACUUCUAUGAAGCUCUGGACCAGCACACACCACGCUUCAUGGAUCUUUUCAAGUCCAAAAAAGGAACUGUGGGACAAAAACUGAAAGACUUAAUGCAGCACAUCAACUGGGUGUCACCUGAUGUGACGGCACUUCGUACUGUUGUCCUCAAAGGUCUUCCAGUUCUACUCAGUGAAGACUCCAGUCAAGUCUACACGACUUGCUCCGAUACAGCAAAGGAAGAAGCAUUUGCCUCAGUCACAGUUGGAGUGCUGACAGUGACUGAAGAUGCUCAACAGCAGGGUCCAGCAGUGCACCUCCAACCCAUCUCCACUGCCAUCAUACUUGAGGGAGGUACUGUCAUGGACAGUGUCAGAGACUUUCCCCAGGCAGUCUGCCUUCUUUUCGGCCUCAUUUAUGCCCUUCACUUGAAUUAUCCAAAAUGCAUGGAAAACACGUUCAGAUUCAUUCAAGUAGUCAUGCUUGGACUGGGCAACAAAACCCUCCCUCCAAAGCUGGUCACACUGCAGAAUACACUACUGGGGUAGGCCAAAGAGAGAAAAAACAAGGUAACUUGUUUACUGUUCCAGGUUUAAUAAUGUUCAAAUGUAACACUUUGAUGGUGUUUGUAACAAAGUGAUACAGAUUUGUUAAUUGGCAGAAAGACAGUGAUGCAUUUUGUUAUUUAUCACUGCUGUGCACUUUAGCAGAUAAUAACAUGUUUAUUGUAGUUCCAGUUUGAU